AGCACUGGGCCCUCUGGGGCUGCAGGAACCCCUCCCAAGGCAGCCCUGUCGCCCCCCAGCUUUUCCCAUCCAUGGAGCAGCGGCCCCCAGCUGUCCUUUGUGGUCUCCAAUCUCCUAUAGCUGAGCAACCCAGCCCCUCUUUUCUGCUAUUCCGUGAGGGCUGUUUUUUCUCUCUUCUCCUCUCCCUGUUUUUGCCCUGGAAGCAGUGGGAUCACAGCUGCCUGGAGAGCUGAGCGCCCAUUGCUGAGCCCGGCAGGGUGACUGGUAGCACGUUUUCUGCCCUCAGUGCCCAGGGGGAGGAUUGCAUGCACUGAAAUGCAGUGGGAUUUUUUUGGCAGGUUCCCCUCACUCUCCCCCUUACAGCUCAAACUGGAAACAGCAGCAGCAGCAGCAGCAGCCUGACCCAGCCAUAGUGAGACCUGUCACUGUGAGAUACCCCAGAUCUGCCUGCACUGGGCCUGGAGCUCCUGCUCUGUGCCCUCAGCUCUUCUCUGCUGUCCAUUCACACCUUCUGUGCUCUCUGCAUUGGAUCAGACAAGUGAAAUCUUGCAAACCAGUGGAGCCAGAUUUUUGAAGCGUGGAUCGUGGCUCACCCCUCCCCUUGUCCUGGCUAAAAUUAGCUCAGCCUUCAGAAGAGCUUUGCUUCACAACCCAGCGGAUAAAUAAAGGCUGAGCUCGCAAUGCUACCCAGCACUUGGCAGCUCCCGUGGCCUAAAAGGCAAAGCUCCAGGAACUGGGAACAGAUGUUUCCUUCUGGACUCUGGCUCUAGGAUGUUGGAGAGCCGAGAGGAGGAGCUGACCACAGUGCGCGUCCAGGACCCUCGGGUGCAGAACGAAGGCUCCUGGAACUCCUAUGUGGAUUAUAAAAUCUUCCUCCAUACCAACAGCAAGGCCUUUACAGCCAAGACCUCAUGUGUGCGACGCCGGUACCGUGAAUUCGUGUGGCUGAGGCGGCAGCUCCAGAAGAAUGCUGGCUUGGUGCCUGUCCCAGAGCUGCCUGGGAAAUCCACCUUCUUUGUGGGGAGCACAGAUGAAUUCAUUGAGAAGAGGAGGCAGGGGCUGCAGCAGUUCCUGGAAAAGGUUGUGCAGAAUGUUGUCCUCCUCUCCGACAGCAGGCUGCACCUCUUCCUGCAGAGCCAGCUCUCCGUGCCUGAGAUAGAGGCAUGCGUGCAAGGCCAAGGCUCACAGACAGUGACAGAAGCCAUCCUGCACUAUGCCAUGUCCAACUGUGGCUGGGUGCAGGAGGAGGAGAGCCGCCCUACGCUGCUGCCGGGAGGAGGUGUGCAUGGCAGCUGUGCCAGCCUGGGGGCCACACAGGGGCUGAGCUGCCUGGAGACCCUCCCGCACUGGAGCGACUUUGGCAUGGAUGACGCGCACUCGGACAGCCCUGAUGAGCCAGCAGAGCCCUUGGGUGGACAGCAGGAGAUGCAGUAAAUGGUUUGAGCGACCUCACCUGCCUUCCCCAGGACCUGCAGCCCUCUUUGGAGGAGCUGCUGCUGGCUGAGCCAGUGGGAGGCCGGGCUGGCAGGACUGGGGAUGUGCUGGGAACACGGCUUUGUCCUUGGCUCUGUGGUGUCCGGGGCUCGUGUGCUCUCUCCCUGAUGACUCUCAACUGUCCUUGAUGUCCCAGGCAGCGUGUUUGUGUAGCUCUUCUCUUUGGAGAAGAGAUCUAGUGGUUAGUGAAACCUGUGUUUCUUAUUCCCGUGGCCCUUUGCUCUCCAAUUGGAGUGGUAGCAGGGCUUGGUUAGGUCACAGUGCACAGUGUUAUUGGUACAUUCCUGGCCCUGGGCAGGGUGGGAUGUGCUGGCUGUGAUGUGUGCAGCCUCAGACUGGCAGUGGGGAGCUGGCUGCUGCCCAGCAGAUCCCUUUGGGUCAGCCCUCUGCGUGGAGGCUGCAUUUCCCCAGUGGCAGCAGCUCUGUGCAGCUCCUGGUGGUCUCAGCUGCACGGAACCCACAGCAGGCUGCAGAUGCUCUGCCCACACCUGGGUCCUGCUGGCAGCAUUUGCCCCACGAGCUGCACGCAGCUGGGACAAAUAGAGACGAAACCCACCCAGGAAUGAGGGAACAGUUUAUCUCCCCUGCCUGUUUGUGCAGCCACCCCUUCCAGAUGGGAUUCUGCAGCAGAACAAACCUUUUCCACACGUUGAUAGCACAGUGGGGGAACGUGGGAGCAACAGGGGAGGAGAACGGGGGACUCACAGCCAGGAGGGAGGGAGCUCAGAGCGACGCAGCAUGCAGCUGCCUUGCAGUGGGUGUCUGGCAACGCUUGGGCCCUGGUUACUUUUGCUGCUGCUCCCCUGUGCUCUCCUGCACCUUUUCCUAUACCCUGAGCACUGGUAGAGGCAGAGCUGACGUGCUCUGACUUGAAAUAAAAACAAAGUAGAA